UAUCGGUUAACCCUUGCCUGGCGGGGCGGGCUUGAGCUCCGCUGGCCGGAACCCGAGAGUCCCGGCCGGCCAGCCACACCCCUCGCAGGAUUUAAAGGGUAGGAGGGGCCGGGUCGGCCGAAGCCUGAACCGAAGGAGCGGGCAUGAGGCGCUGCCCGUGCCGGGGGAGCCUGAGUGAGGCGGAGGCCCGGGCGCUGCCCGCGGCAGCCCGCACGGGGUUGGAGGCGCCGCGAGGAGGGCGGAGGCGGCAGCCGGGACAGCAGCGACCUGGGCCCGGCGCAGGGGGCCCGGCGGGGCGGCCGGAGUGGGGCGGGCCCUGGACCCGGACCGCGGGGUCCAGCCUCCACACUGAGUCCGAGAAGGCCGGCCUGGGGCCUGAGCCGUGGACAGAUGGUCCACAGAGAGAAUUCUGGACAGACGGACAGACUGAGCCUGAAGCAGCUGGCCUCGGAGCAGAGACGGAGAGGCCCAGUCAAAAGACGGAGCCAGACAGGUCCAACCUCCAGAUACAUCCAGAAAGGAGCUGGUCACAGUUGGAGACGACCAGUCGCUGGACGGAGACUGGGGCAGAUGGCUUUUGGACUGAUCCGCACAGGUCAGACCUCCAGUCUCAGCUAGAGAGGGCCAGCCUCUGGACAGGGCCAGGAGUUGAUGGGCCCUGGACAAAGCUAGAAACACAUGGGUCACAAACUCAGCCAGAAUGGGUCAAGCCCUGGGUCGAUAACCUCUGGACCCGCCAGAGCAGGUCCAACCUCCGGACUCACCCAGAGGGAGCCUGUCCCUCAACAGAGCCAAGUGCUGACGGCUCCUGGAAAGAAUUGUACACUGAUGACUCCAGGACAAAACAGGAUACUGAAGGUCCCUGGACUGAGGCACACACUGAUGGCUCCAAGACACGACAGGAUACUGAAACAGCCAGGAAACAGCCUGGCACAAAUAGUUUCCCAGUACAACAAGAUACUGAUGGUUCCUGGAUACAGCCUGGCACUGAUGGUCCCCAGACAGCACCUGGGACAGACUGCCUUUUGGGAGAGCCUGAUGAUGGCCAAUUAGAGGAACCAGAACCUGAAGAGUUGUUGACUCAUCUGUCCUCUCACCUGAAGUGUAGCCCCCUGUGCCCCGUGCCCCGCCUCAUCAUCACCCCUGAGACUCCUGAGCCUGAAGCCCAGCCAGUGGGACCCCCCUCCAGGGUCGAGGGAGGCAGUGGUGGCUUCUCCUCUGCCUCCUCUUUCGACGAGUCUGAGGAUGAUGUGGCCGGGGGCGGAGGUGCCAGCGAUCCUGAGGACAGGUCUGGGAGCAAACCAUGGAAGAAGCUGAAGACAGUUCUGAAGUAUUCGCCCUUCGUGGUCUCCUUCCGAAAACACUACCCUUGGGUCCAGCUUUCUGGACACGCCGGGAACUUCCAGGCAGGAGAGGAUGGUCGGAUUCUGAAACGCUUCUGUCAGUGUGAGCAGCGCAGCCUGGAACAGCUGAUGAAAGACCCCCUGCGGCCUUUUGUGCCAGCCUACUAUGGUGUGGUGCAGCGGGAUGGCCAGACCUUCAACCAGAUGGAAGAUCUCCUGGCAGACUUCGAGGGCCCCUCCAUUAUGGACUGCAAGAUGGGCAGCAGGACCUACCUGGAGGAGGAGCUGGUGAAGGCGCGAGAACGGCCCCGGCCCCGGAAGGACAUGUACGAGAAGAUGGUGGCUGUGGACCCUGGGGCCCCCACCCCUGAGGAGCACGCCCAGGGUGCGGUCACCAAGCCCCGCUACAUGCAAUGGAGGGAAACCAUGAGCUCGACCUCCACCCUGGGCUUCCGGAUCGAGGGCAUCAAGAAAGCUGAUGGGACCUGCAACACCAACUUCAAGAAGACGCAGGCGCUGGAACAGGUGACACAGGUGUUGGAGGACUUUGUGGAUGGGGACUGUGGCAUCCUGAGAAAGUAUGUGGCACGCCUGGAAGAACUUCGUGACGCUCUGGAGAACUCCCCCUUCUUCAAGACCCAUGAGGUGGUGGGCAGCUCCCUCCUUUUUGUGCACGACCACACUGGCCUGGCCAAGGUCUGGAUGAUCGACUUUGGCAAGACAGUGGCCCUGCCUGACCACCAGACGCUCAGCCACAGGCUGCCCUGGGCUGAGGGCAACCGUGAGGACGGCUACCUCUGGGGCUUGGACAACAUGAUCCGCCUCCUUCAGGGUCUGGCCCGGAGUUGACCCACUUGGCCAUCUCCAGGUUUAUUUAUUAGAUGGUACCAGUCCGGCUAGAGGAGCCCCGAAAUGCCAUGGGGGCCUGAGAGGUUGGCAACCGGGAAGCUGACCCCCAAGGAUGGGAGAGGUUGUGUCGUACGCCACAUAAGACCAACGUGGAAAGGCCUCGGGAGACCAGGUAGCAUCUGGUCCCUUUGUGAUACAGGGGCUGGAAGGACCACAGAGGGGGCACGAUGAGGCUUAUACAGUGAGACGGCAGAACAAGAACAGGUCCCCUGAGCAGCAAGGAAGGUUUCUGAGGGGCUGC